CUGCAGAGCUGAUUCCCUCCGGAGCUCGGAGGGAAUCCGCCAUUAGGCGAUGGCGCUAACCCGGAAGCCUCUACCUCCUGGGCCCUUGCCUCUGCCGCUUCCACCGCCAGAGCCUCUACCGCCUGGGCCUCUGCCGCUGGUGCCUCCGCUGCCAGAGCCUCUACCAUCUGGUCCUCUGCCGCUGCCGCUGGUAUCUCCGCAGCCUAAGCCUCUAGCGCCUGGGCCUCUGCCAUUGCCGCUGGUGCCUCCGCCGCCAGAGCCUGUAACUCCUGGGCCCUUGCCGCUGCCGCUAGUAAUUCCACCGCCAGAGCCUCGACUGCCUGGGUCUCUGCCGCUGGUGCCUCCGCAGCCCGAGCCUCUACAGCCUGGGCCUCUGUCUCUACCGCUGGUGCCUCUGCCGUCAGAGCCUCUACCGCCUGGGCCUCUACCGCUGGUGCCUCUGCAGCCCAAGCCUCUACCGCCUGGGCAUCUACCAGUGCCCCUGGUGCCUCCACAGCCUGAGCCUCUACCGCCUGGGCCCUUGCCGCUGCCGCUGGUGCUUCCACCGCAAGAGCCUCUACUGCCUGGGUCCUUGCCGCUGCCGCUGGUGCCUCCGCCGCCAGAGCCUCUACCGCCUGGUCCUCUGCCGCUGCCGCUGGUGUCUCCACAGCCUGAGCCUCUGCCAUUGCUGCUGGUGCCUACGCCGCCAGAGCCUCUACCGCCUGGACCCUUGCCGCUGCCGCUAGUAAUUCCACCGCCAGAGCCUUGACAGCCUGGGCCUCUGUUGCUCCCGCUGGUGCCUCCGCAGCCCGAGCCUCUACUGCCUGGGCCUCUGCUGGUUCCGCUGGUGCCUCA